AUGCUUACCAAUAUCUACUCUGAUACCAUAUCUUCCCUGCGCCAUGAAGAUCGGAAAAGCCGGGCCGACCACUUUACAGACAAUGAAGUUGAGUCUUCCAGGGAAUCGCGGACGGUCCCAGGCAACCAACCCAUUGAAUCAGGUGCUAUUGAAGACAAACCCAUACCUGUUAAGGUAUGUGUGUCUGAGGCACCGGGUCCUGAGCCAGAUAUCCCUGAAGACAAACCCAUACCUGUUAAGGUAUGUGUGUCUCCGGUACCGCGCCCUGAGCCGUACGCAAUUAAGGGUCAGGAUGACAGCAUUGAAAUACAGCAUCCGGAGCAGCCUUACUCCGAAGAGGGCUCCGGGCCUAUUGUCUCGAUGCGCCCUGAGGACAUUGGUCUAUAUGUUAACUGGACAAACCUGGAAAUAAAGGAGAGGAAGAGAAGAAAGAAAAUCCUCAGACGGAAAAACCUUCCAGUUCCAAACCGAGAUAGUACCUUUUCAUAA